AUGACAGAAACGGUUGAGCACAUGUUUUUCUUUUGCAAGCACGCAGAGUACAUCUGGAAUGCAGCACCAAUCAAUUGGGAUGGGUUAAAGGAUUUUAGGCACAAUUUUUGGCAUUGGAACUGUCCACGAAGAACUGCAAAUAAAGCUAUACAUGAGUGGUCUGAAUAUAAAGAAGUGAGCAUUGGAGAAGACAAAACAGAGGAAAACGGGGAAAAACAAGUGGCAGAAUCGAGUAGAUGGCAUCCACCCCCGCAGGGGUUUAUCAAGCUAAACUCUGAUGCAGUUUUGGAGCAAAAGGAAAGGAGAAUAGGUUGGGGGGUAGUGGCCAGAAGGGAGGAUGGGGAGAUUGUUGGAGCUUGGGCAGGAGGUGAAAGGAGAGACGAAAACCCAACAGUGGAGGAAGCCUUAGCAAUCAGAAAAGCUGUCAUCAAGGCAAAGCAGAGUGGCUGGAACGAAGAUGUCAUCCAAUCUGACUGUAAACAAAUGGUUGAUAAGCUCAAGGAUAUGAAUGCUGAAGAUUCAGUUACAGGGACUAUCUUAAUUGAUAUACUGAAGCUAAGCCAAGGGUUCGAUGAAUGUUGCUUCUCAUUUGUUAAAAGAGAUGGUAACUGA